CUGUGUGCCUAUGUGAGCGUUGUUAGAAAUCAGCUAAGACGUGAGUGCGCUGUUGUCACUAGCGGGUCAUUUUUGUGCGGCCGCGUGUGGGUGACAAAUCGAGGAACAUCUCCGUGUAGCAUUUGUGGCUCAGGUUAUUCGCCUCGGCAUCCUCGGCGCGCACAAGUGGCCAACUACAAUCUGGACAACUCGGCACUUGACUUCAUACUUGAUGAGCUUGACCCACAGCCUUCGAAUCGUCGAAACUAUAACCGACAACAGCGGCGCGAUCCGUCUCAGCAGAUGCCACCACCUCCGAUACCGCCCUCCGCCGGGGGAGCUAUGUUACGUCGAUUUCUGUGCCGCUUCUGUGGAUACAUCGCAACAUCAGCCGGCAACCGUGACAAACAUGAACGGGUACAUACAGGCGAAAAAACUAUACAGUGCGGAUAUUGUGAGUAUGCUACAGCGGACACGAGUAACUACAACCGGCAUCUGCGACGAAAGCAUGGCGUCGAGCCUGAAGGGCCGGGUGCUCUUCCGCCAGGAGUUAUUGGCACCUCAGAUUUUCGAGGGAGUGGCGUCCUUGAAAGCGCUGGAGACGCAGCAGGGAUUCAGUGUCCAUAUUGUCCUUACGGUACUGCAAAUGUUGCCGACUUUGAUAGACAUGUCCGCAUUCGCCAUAACGGUGGUGAUUAAAUUAGUUGUCUGUAGAUGACUUUGUAUCCACCAUGGAUAAGGUGAUUUUGUGAUACCACGUUGCGUGAAGGAGCGGCUGAUGUACGAAAUGCCCCUAUAAAACGGCAGAGAACGCCGUUUAAUAAAUAAAAUCGCCAACAAUAUUACAUAGGAGUUCCAAGCAUGGUAUCAACGCGAGUCGUAAUAGCCCAUAAAAUGUUGCUUUCAGACCGAAGGUACUUUUUUUAACAAAGAGAUCUGCUGUGCUAAAAUAGAGACUUGAUUUAAAAACGCAGGGAAAACGUACAUCACCGCUUCGAGUCAUUAGGUUUUACGGUGUCGUUUGUUUGUAUUUAUUUCGAACGUCGCAUGUUUAUGAGAAAUGAAUAUGAGCAGAUAGAUCGACAUGUAGACAGAUAGAUUUAUCUAUUGUAAAGAGUGGACAUCAGAUUUACAUGUAUACCUCUUGCUCACAAAGCGAGUUAGCUUAGUCAUUAUCAUUAUUGUUCCAUAAGACUGAGGAGAAGCGUAAUAUAGAAGAAAACAAAUGCUAGAACCGUGUGAUAGUUUUCAACUCUAUUUGUUGCGCUUAGCAAAUGAAACCUGUUAUAUUUAUUAACGUUAGCAUGUACAUUUAGUUGUUGAUUUGUACAUGUACAUUUUGCCAAUCAAUUUUGAGGUUAAAUGUUUAGAAGUCUAUUAUAGAAUAAUUUUAGCACUGUUUGAAUUUGAUACAUUCUUAAACGGAUCUCAUUAUGCGUGAUCACUAUAAUGUUAAAUCAACUUCAAUUUUGGUAGUUUCUUCAAAUAUCGCACGAUCGAUCUAUUACAUUCUGCGCUUUAGCUUAUCGUAACGAAAAAAAAAAGCCUUUAGUUUUUUCUAGUGUUUUCUGUGGAUUAUAGUCAUAAUAAGGUGUCUAGGUGGAUCGACUUGUAGAAGGCAAUCAAUUGGGACGAGAUGAAUUGCUGCUUGCUUAGAAGCUGGACUUAAAUAAAAACAGAUAUUUGGGUAGUUUUUUUUAGAAAAUGCUGAGCAAGAGGUCUCUGAUGAAUGUGUUUGUGAUUGUCAAUCGUUCCACGAACGGCUUCAUUUCGGGGCUCACUACGGCCUCAUACUGUUUUCAGAGAUUUCCUCUGUGCGUUCACGAAUAACUUUUUGGAAACAACAGUGAAUAAAGCGACACCGGCACGUUUAGCUUUGUUAGAGUGUCGCUUGAACAGUUUGCCCAUAGAAAAAUGUAGCGAGCUCGAAUCUUGAGUUGGUCAAAAGUUUCAGAAUUUUGUCCCUGUAACGGUGUAGCAGUAAUAUGUUUGUCUUAUAAACUCAACAACAUGUGAGGUAAUCUAAUUUCAAACUGAAUGUUUCGUGUUGGGAGCAACCAUCUGAAACAAUGCUUAACGACAGUAUAGGAAAUAAAACGCGAAACAAUGGUGUAGCCUCAACAUUUUAACAGUCCAAGAAGAUUAUUUUAAUCUAAUUUGGAUCUAUAUCUUCUAGGUGCAAAAACGCGCAAAAGGUCUGAAUAAGACUAAUAAUCGUUGGGGCAUAUCUGAAUAACAAGACUGGCUAUAAAUAUUUUUCUUGAGGACAGUCACAAAUUUCUCUGCGUCAAAACCUAAAAAUCAAAAAAAUUACUUUUUUGCGCAAUUUCAAUGAAUUUUUUUAACCACCUAAUAAUAAUAUCUAUUGUGGAUUCUUUUCUUUUCUCUAUGGAAACUUUGCAUUUUUCGAAAACAGCAUGAAGACUAACAACAAGGUCGUCUUUCGGUGUCAGAUGCCUAAAUAAGUUUACGAUCUUGAUGGGGUUUGCCUAGUGCAAAAAUAUUAGGUAGUAAUUAACUUUAAUUUAUAAUUCAAAGAUGAACGUCCUUGUCUCCGUAAUGACGGGUUUGUAAUUCAGUUCUGGAAUGAACUGAUUUUAUUCAAUUACCAAAGAUAGUGCUGCAAAAAACGUCCUAAUUUAUUGUGAGCAGCUUGUAUAUAUGAUAUAAGUAUAUGCGACACGUGAGCUUCAUGUAUUAAAACUACCUGCUUAGCUAUAUUAAUUUUUAAAGUUAAAAGUUUUCGUUAGUCAUAUCAAAGCAACAAUUCGAUAGAUCCUGACGUAGAAAUAGUGAAAAAUUGAACAUAUUGCGUAAGAAGAUUAUAUACAUCAAGAAAGAUAGAUAGAAAGUGCUUCAAUUGCAUCUUUAUAUCUACUAAGCACACAUAUGGAAACAAUACUGUGAUGGAGCAUAUCGCCGGAUAUCAUACGAUAAUACCGAUGAGUUAAAAAGGAGAUCCUAAUGCUGCACUGAAACUGUACUACUGUAAGCGUAAAUAAUUCAGAUGCUGAGUUGUGAUCGGCCCAUUUUGGUCCAUUAAUCCGUGGGGCUACACUUUUUAGAAGAGAUUUAUUAUUUAAUGAUUGUGCAACAACCUUUCAGAGUUUCUUUACGAUAAUAAAACAGAUUACCUGAAGUAUACAUAUUUAUCAGAUUGGAUUGAGAGCCUGAGUCUAUACUCGAUAGUGAAAAUAUGUCCCUAUACCGAUUUAAGUAUUCACAGUACAUAAACAAAGACGCAUUCGAAUAAUGUAUAGUAAGAUAUAAUAUAAUGACGUCAUAUUACGUAUUAAUAAAUGUAAA